GGCAAUGCUUACGGUAUAAAGAAGAGGCAGAAGAAAGAUAGACGAAACCAAUCAAAACUAAAGCCAAAACCCCUCUAUUGUCGCCAGAUAAAGAGAAGGGAGGCGUCUGAAAGAACGAUCGGAAAAAGAAAAGGAAUUGGUAGUAAGGAAAAGAAGGGAUUUGUCCUGGAUUUGAUUGCAGAUUUCCUGGCAAGACCAUCUCGAAUACCGCUUGCAGGCUUAGGACUUGUUCGUGAAUUGUGGAGCAUAACUUAGUCUAUUAGUGGUUCGUUCGAAAGCUGUAAUUUCUGGGAGCUAUAUAUGAGACAUUGGAUUUUUUGUUGGAUGCUUUCUAAGAGUUUCUUAUUGUUUGCGGAUUCUGCUAUACCGUAAUCCUCUUGCUACAAGGGAUAAGGACCACCAUCUUGAAAGAUAAAAAGAAGUUUGGUAAUCAAGAGUGACCACUGUGGACAAAUCCAAGCCUUCUUUCCUGUGUUAACGGGAUGACAGAUCUGAAAGCAAGUAUUACAGUGUUUACAGAUAUGACUGUUUUACACAAGGAAUUGGAUGAGACUUCAUGCCCUAUUUGUAUGGAAUAUCCCCAUAAUGCUGUUCUUCUUAUAUGCCGCUCUCAUGAGAAAGGCUGCAGGUCGUACAUUUGUGACACAAGUUAUAGGCACUCCAAUUGUCUAGACCGCUAUAGAAAACUCGUAGCAAAUAAUAAUAAGACUUCUCAAACUGGUUUGUUGGCCCCUGAUAAUGCUCACACGGGAAGUGCUCCCACACCAAGUCCAGUGAUGGGAAGAAACUUGGUUGAGACCAAUGAAGAAAACAGUAUGGUAGAAAAUACUGAUGGGAUCUCCAUCAGCUUAUUUGAAAGGUUGGAAGAAAAUAAUAGUAAUCAAGUGCAUGAGACAACUAUGGAAGGUCAUGGUGAAGAAAGGCAAGGACAGGAGGAAUCUGGUGGGAUUGAGACCUCUGAAUCAAACUCUCUGAAGUGUCCCCUUUGUCGAGGUGCUGUGUUGGGUUGGACGAUUGUCAAAGAGGCAAGACAGUAUCUGGACCAGAAGCCGAGGAGUUGUACCAGGGAAUCAUGCUCAUUUUCUGGAAACUAUAAGGAGCUUCGCAGACAUGCCAGGAGAAUCCACCCUACCACGAGGCCUGCUGAUGUUGAUCCAUCACGACAGCGUGCCUGGCGCCGCAUGGAACAUCAACGGGAGUAUGACGACACCCUCAGUGCUAUAAGAUCAGCAAUGCCUGGUGCAACUGUGAUAGGAGACUAUGUCAUUGAUAGCGGAGAUGGUCUGUUACAUGACGGAGAAAGAAAUGGAUCAGGUGAACGUGCUCGACCAUGGUGGACUACUUUUUUUCUUUUUCAUGUGGUCAGAAGCCCAAUCGAGUCCCUUGAUGAGCCAAGGGGCUCAUCUCGAGCUUGGCGUAGACAUCGACGUUUGGGACACCAUAACCUAUGGGGUGAGAACCUCAUGGGUGUGCAAGAUGUUGAUGAAGAUAGCACAGGUGAUGAUGCUCAAGUACCAAGGAGGCGUCGGAGGUUCCUGAGAACGAGACCAGACGAGGAUCAGCCAUGAGAUGCUUAUUUUCCUGUUGAGGCUGUUGCAUUAACUGGAUCACAAAUUCUGGAGCUUCAAAUCGAUUGAUGUCAAGCCUCGAAUGGCUGGUCAGAAAUGAUGUCAAGACUAGAAUGACUGGUCAGAAAUGGUUCUGUUCAUGUAGACAUUCUGAAUAUGAUUUAUGUGCCCUGUUGUAAUUGCAUCGAUCCAUACGGAUCAUGAAGCUGAAGAGGCCUUGUGGGCUGCGAGGGAGCAUGAUCUGAGAUACCUGCAUUCUCUUGUUUGUUGUUUAUUAUCGAAAUCUUAAGAGUUCCAUGUGAAAGACUUGGUGGUUUUAAUCAAAAUGUACAUAGUUUGAUUC